AUGAUUUCUCAUUUGGUUGUUGCUCGCCAUACGGCUUUUGGAUGUGGAGUCUGUCACUUCGUGUCGGCUGCGGCAUGGAAGGGCGCUGCGUCCGGCAUCAGUUUAGAAUCAACAGGACGCUCUCAGAUCGAACUCGUUCAUGCGGAUGCGACUGCAUCAGCCAAGCCAGCAGCGGAUGGUCGUCCUUCUCCGGAGCCCAGCAACCUUGUUUGCAAAUUUCAUGAAACGUCAGUCUGCAAUUGCAGCAGCUCCUCGGCGAUUACCUCGGCGACUGCAUGCUCACGGCUGCGCCAUCGCCCUUCAUCCGUCACUGGCGCUUUGGCAGGCCUGGCAACUUGGCGCCUAUUACCGGCGGUAGCAUCAUCAACGUCUGCGUCCGCCUGGUCGCCGCCGCUGGCGACGGCAGCGACGGCGACGGCGACGGCGGCGGCAGUCACUGGCUUCAGCGGACCGCUCCGUCGCUGCGUGCACAGCUCACCGCCGGCCGCCGGCGCGGCGGCGGUCUCUGCGGCAGCCGCGGCGGCUGCCGCCGUCGCCGCCGAGGCGGCAGCGGCCGCCGACCGACAGGCGGCCGCUGCCGCUGUCGCCACCUCUACUCGUACGCCACCUCCCGUUGCCCGUCGGCAGCAACCGCUAUCGCCACACGCCCGCGAGUUUCAACGCCGUUUCUUUCAACUGGUCAACAGCGGGUCAACGGCCACCAUGGCCGCAUCUGCCCCUCACGAUGGAGGGGGCAGCGGCAGCAGCAGCAGUAGCAGUGCUUCCGCGGCGGAGGCUGUAGCGCACACGACCAACUCCCAGGCUAUCCGCAUGCUGGUCGCCUGGCUCGAGGAAGGCCGCGUAACGGCUGCGGUGGAGCAUCGGGAACAGCAACAGCAGCAGCAGCAACAACAUCACGCAACUGGCGGCGCUGUAGCUUCAUCCCCGCCGCCGGCCCCGGGAGCUGUAGCUGCGCCGUACCGUCUAGACCAGCAGAUCAUUGACCGAGCCAUGGAGGUCCUUUGGCGACUGUAUCGACGCGAGGAGCUUCAACGGGAAGUUGCGGCGAUGAUGUCAAGGGCGAGAAACCGGCAAGACGCCUCGUCGCCCGACGCAGCAGCAGCUUUCUCGCAAACCGGCGGCUCCGGCUCGGCAGCGGGUGGCGGCGGACCCAUGGGUCUGUCGGAGUUGCUCAACGCGGCGGAGGUGCUGGCGGCCGCUGCCCCCGCCAUGGGCCUUACGUUUAAGCGGCAGCAAUAUGAGCUGCUGAUUGAGUUGUACGGUAAGCGGGCCCUCCUGGACCCGCCCUUCCGGCGGGGCCUGGCGCAGCGGCUGCUGGCCGUACGGCAGCAGAUGGUGCAACAGCUGAUGCCGCUCAACCAGUCGUGCCUCAACACGAUGCUUCAAGCGGUCAGGACCGACCCUCUGGUGAAUACACACACGAAACUGUCCUGGGCAGUAAGGCUGAUCGAAAGGGACCUCCCCGUGGUGGCGGGGGGACCGGCGGCGGCGGCGGUGUCCUCGUCGUACACCUCCUCCCCAUCCUCGUCCGCUUCCCGGACCUCUCAUCGCGCGGAUGCGGCGGCGGUUGGCCUCUUGCCGGCCCUGCAGCUGACGUUGGGCUUUAUGUUGAGGAUGGCGGCGCGGGAGGAACUGGAGGCCAGAGGACAGCAGCAGCGGCAGCGGGGGCCUGUACGGCAGCAGAAUCCUGGAAGUCCACAGCAGCGACGUCGGCAGGAGCUUGAGGCGGAGAGGCGGUUGGAUCAGGAGUUGAGGUCGUUGCGGCAGUUGGUGCACGUGGGGUUGGAUCAGGGGGACGAGCAGCUCGCGAGGAAGUCGUACGACAGACUUCGGAACCUAUUUUGGCGAGAGCACCCCGCCGUCGCCGCGGCGGCUGCGGCUGCGGCGGCCAAGGCCGACAAAGCCGACAAGGCCAGUACGACAAAGGACUCCGCGGCGGCGGCGGCGGCGGCGGCGGCGGCGGCGGCAGACUCCGCAGCUCCCGCAGCCGUGGAGUCGGAAGAGAAGCGGAAGGGCGACGGCGGCGGCGGCGGGGCUGCCGGCGGCGAAGAAGGAGAAGGAGCAGGACGUGUGGAGGAGGAGGAGGAGGAGGAGGGGGAGCAGUUGGCCACGACGGCGGUGGCGGCGGCGGCAAAUCCAUCCGCCGCGUACGGCACCGCUGCCGUACUGGAAGCGGCGGAGGUAUGCCCAGCACCUCCGGGCGCCACGUUGGAGCUUUUGUCGCUGGCGCUGUCGCGUCGCGACUGGUCGGGGGUCUUGGAUCACGUGACUGCGCUGGCGGAGUUGCAGGCGAGUACGACACGGGGGCCGGGUUGGGAGACUGCUGAUGGAAGACGUACGACUCUUGGAGGGCCUUACGUCGGCGUACGGCGGAUUGGGUUGCUGCGGCGUAUCAGCGACGCCGCCGCCGCCGGCGACGCGGCGCCAUUUGGCGGCUCUUCCGUACCGUUCGGCCCGCCGCUGCGCGCCGCCGCUGCCUCCGCCGAUAUGGCGUCCGUCUCUGCCAUUCCCGACCGUGUCCCGGGUUUGUUGGAAAUGAUGUUGGAGGAGGGGCUGGUGCCCACAGGGCCCUUUUGGGAGGUGCAGCUGAGGCAGGCUGUUGACUCGGGAGAUCUAGGCGGGUUGUUGGCGGUUUCGGAGCGAGCUCUGGAGCUCGCGGAGGAGGACGUGCGGGCUGGGCUGGGGCUGGCGGAUAUCAGCGACGAGGUCCUGGCGGCGGCGGCGGCCCUGGCGGAGGUCCGAGUGGACGGCCGUACCGCCUCCGCCAUCAAGUUGCUCAAGCUGCGAAGUGAGGAGCUCCGAAACCAACGACGGUCGACGGGCAGUGCGGGGAUCCGGCAACAGGCGGGAGGGCGGACGGCGGCGCCGCAGGGCUGGGCGCUGCGGCGGAACGCCGCAUCGCUGCUACAGCCGCCGCCGCCGCCGCCGAUGUCGUCGUUCCGCUACCGAGACGAAGUCUGGGCGGGUAAUUGGUGUGGUCGCCCUGGUGGUGGUGGUGGCGAUAGACUGAGCCAUGAAAUGGACUGCAAGAGGUCGCAGUGUCCCACGGUGGUGUGUGCAACGGUAGUGACGGCGGCGGUAGUGACGGCGGUAGUGACGGCGGUAGUGACGGCGGUAGUGACGGCGGCGGUAGUGACGGCGGUAGUGACGGCGGUAGUGACGGCGGUAGUGACGGCGGCGGUAGUGACGGCGGCAGUAGCGGCCGUACUGGCGGCGGCGGUCGCACGUAAUGAACGAGAUGAAAAGGAGCUGAGGUGGCUGAGAUGA